AGGGAGGAGGAGAGAGAGAGAGAAACUUUCUACCAAGGCACCGACCGAGAGGAGAGGAUGGCAUGGCGGCUCCAGCCCGCAUCGCCCCGGAGUAAAGGGAGCUCGGAGCCGGACCGGGGGGAACGCAACGGCUACGUGCGGGGCAGCGCCAGCCCCGUGAGCCGAGACGGGGUGCGAGCCUGCCCGGUGUGGGACGGUGCAGCGAGCGGCGGCGGCGGCAGCCUGUGCUCCCUGGCCGCCGGGGUCGCCUGUGUGUCGGUGCUGGUGGCCGGCUCGCUGCGCUGGGUGGACGGCUGCUGGAGGCUGCCCGCGGGGCUGCUGACCCUCCUGCACUCCGCCCUGCCCCUCUUCAGCCUCAUGAGCGCUUUCUUCUGGCUGGCUCUCUACCUGAAGGGGUGCGGCAGAGGCGAGCUGGCCCCCAAGCUGCUGGCCGCCUGCUCCCUGGCCGAGACCCUCCUGCAAGCGCUGCUGGUGGGCGAGGAGCAGCUCCUCUCGUUCGGGGCCACCGCCGUGCUGCUCAGUUGCUUGGCCGCCGCCACCCUCAUGGUGUUGAGGGUGAGCCAGGGCGUUUGCACUAUCCUCUUCACCAGCCUGCUGAGGACCGUGUCCCUGCUGUCCCUGGAGCGGGUCCGAGCAAGUUGGAGACCUUUCCUGGCUUACCUGAUGGGGAUUUUGGGCGUGAUAUUAGCCAGGUACGCCGUGCGCAUCUUACCCCAGGGAACGCCAGCGUCCAGCGAGGACAAAGUCCCAGUUAUCAAGAGGCGCCGGAGAUCCAGCUCGGUUGUCACCGCUGAGAUGCCGAACCAUCAACUCGGCUCCAAGCCUCACCGCAGGACCUCACUGCCCUGCAUCCAGCAGCGAGACCAGAUCCUUUCACACUGUGAAUGGGAUUAUAAACGUGGAUCACGAGGGUCACAGGAUCUGGACAUCACGGGUAAAGCCAGCAAUUAUUGUCCAUCCCUAUAUGCUGCUGAGAAGAUGGUGUCUUCAGGCACAAGUGUCACCGUCGACAUAGCUGUGAUGGGUGAAGCUCAUGGACUAAUUACAGAUCUUUUGGCCGAACCUUCCUUGCCUCCCAACGUCAGUACGUCGCUGAGAGCAGUCAGCAACCUUCUCAGCACCCAACUCACCUUCCAGCCCAUCCACAAGCCAAGAAUAAACCCCUUGGUCUCCUUCAGCGAGUCCUAUGUGUGUUCGGAUAGUGAAGAAUGCCAAGGAGAGAAGCUUGCCAUCCCAAAGCGACUGAGGAGGAGCUUGCCGCCAGGCCUCCUGAGACGGAUCUCAUCCACAUGGACAACCACAACAUCUGCCACUGGUCUACCCACUGUGGAGCCGGGCCCCGUCAGGAGGGACCGCAGUCUGAGCAUCAAAGCCACUCACGAGGCUCCUGCAGGCAGUUCCUUUAGCACAGAGCCUUACAACUGCUCUCCUUCAGUCCUGUUGACUAUUGCUAAAAGUCGAUCGUUCUCAGCCUCCCAUACGAUUGUCAACGCCAACCACAUGAAUGGCAAACGACAAAUUCGACAAGGUUACUCUUCGAAUAUCACACCUCUCACCUCCCCGUCCCACUCGCCGAUCCAGGGGACCCCGACUGGAAGCCCCACUUCCAAAACCUCCGCAGUUGAAUUCCCGGACACCGCGGAUAUAAUGACCAAACCAGGGCGGAACCCACACAAGCCGUUGACCUACACUCAGAGUGCGCCAGAUGUAGCAGGGCAGUUCAGGGGCACCUGUGUCGUCUGCAGUAGUUGUGGUCGGCCUUUCAGUAAGCUGACGCACUCGGACAGCACAGCGGGAAGAGUGGAGACAACAGGGCACUUACCGAGCCGGACAGACGACCCCAACCAAGCCACCUCGGACUAUGACAGCACUCACGAAACAAACAACAGCGACAGCAGCGACAUCACGCAGAACGAUGAAGACCAGGACUCCUCAGCCAAAGGCUUGGAGCAGUCCCUCACGGGGUCUGGCUGUGGGAUCUACAGGCCCGAGGACAUCACCUUGCUCCACCUCAUCCCAGCUGAGGAGAAACCAAUCCUUGCCCCAGAGCCUCUCCUCAUGGAAGAUCUGGAGAUAACAUUCACACAACUGAACAACUGGAAUUUUCCCAUCUUUGAUCUCAUGGAGAUGACAGGCUCAAAAUGUGGCCGGAUCCUCAGCCAGGUAGCAUUCAAACUGUUUGAAGAUACUGGGCUGUUUGAAAUAUUUAAAAUCCCAUUGAAGGAGUUUAUGAACUACUUUCAUGCAUUAGAAAAUGGCUACAGAGAUAUUCCAUAUCACAAUCGCAUCCAUGCGACGGAUGUGUUGCAUGCAGUUUGGUACCUCACCACACAACCGGUCCCAGGACUGCAGACCUGUAUCGGUGAUCAUGGCUCCAUGAGCGAUUCGGAUUCAGACAGUGGGAUCGCUCACGGACACAUGGGGUUUGCCAUAUCGAAGACCUACAGUGUGACGGAGGACAGGUACGGCUGUGUGAUCGCCAAUGUCCCUGCCCUGGAGUUGAUGGCCCUCUAUGUCGCUGCCGCCAUGCAUGAUUACGACCACCCAGGAAGGACCAAUGCCUUUCUCGUGGCUACCAGUGCACCACAGGCCGUUCUAUACAACGACCGCUCGGUGCUGGAGAACCAUCACGCUGCCUCAGCCUGGAACCUGUUCAUGUCGCAACAAGAGUACAACUUCCUGGUCAACUUGGAUCACGUCGAAUUCAAGCGGUUCCGAUUUCUUGUCAUUGAGGCCAUAUUGGCCACGGAUCUUAAGAAACACUUUGACUUUCUCGCAGAGUUCAAUGCCAAGGUGAAUGAGGAGGUGGGGCCAGGCAUUGACUGGGCAAAUGAAAACGAUCGUUUGUUGGUUUGUCAAAUGUGCAUUAAACUCGCUGACAUCAAUGGGCCUGCCAAAUGCAAGGAGCUUCAUUUGAAAUGGACGGAAGGCAUAGUCAAUGAGUUUUACGAACAGGGUGACGAGGAGUCCAGUCUGGGGCUCCCCAUCAGUCCGUUCAUGGACCGCUCGGCACAGCAGCUGGCAAAGCUGCAGGAGUCCUUCAUCACCCACAUUGUGGGGCCCCUGUGCAACUCGUACAACUCGGCAGGGUUAAUACCGGGGAGAUGGGUGGAGGAGACCGACGGAGAGGAAGAAGACGACGAGGAAGCGGAGACGACAGAAGAGGAAGGAGCUUUGGAAACAACCUCAAGAACAGGACGGGAGCGAUGCGGGAAGCAGGGAAAGGUCUUCUGCCAGAUCAUGCAGCACCUGAUGGACAACCACGAGAUGUGGAAGAAGGUCAUUGACGAGGAGCAAGAGGAGCGGAGGAAAGUGGAGCCGGAGAGCCCGGACCAGUCCUCGUUGCUGCAGAGCUCAGAGACAAUCCAAGCCAUCACUGAGGAGGAGGAGGAUGAGAAGGAAGAGAAGAAUAGUGAAGGAUCACAACGGAAGUCUGUGCCACUCAGUUCAAUCACAACCCUAACCCAGGACACUUUAGAAGGCGAUAAAAAUGACUGACCUGCGGUGCUGACUUUUAUUUUAUUUUUGUUCCCAGCACACUCUGACACGAUACUGUAGAUGUGUAGGACAAGGUGCCUACAGCUGUGAUGACAUUAUACAGAGCCGCAGCCAAGACUGAAUUGAACACUCUGAUGGAGGAAGCCUCUGUAAUGCAUCACCCGCUGAUUUAGACUGUAAACACACAAUUGCUAUCAGUACAAUUCCGGUGCACUUUCUCAUUGAGCUGUCUUGUUUAAUAUUGCUUGAUACACACGUAUGUAACAAACAACAACACGCAACAACAAAUGAGGGAUGACUUACUUGUGAAGCGUAGGCUUUGCAAAAAACAUCGCUGUGGUGUUACAUCCGUAACCUUUGCUCUACUUCUGAGCGAAAGUCGAUAGCUUUAUCAGUAUUCUGAUACAGCCUGACGAUAUAUAUUUUUUUGUGUAUAUAACCUUAUAGCUCACUAGCUUUGUAUAGGCAACCUCUCGAAGCGUUGCUGCAGUACUUGUACAUUGCCAAAACACCUUGAACAAAUGUUUUAGAAAAAGCCUGGCAGACACACGAUGGGCUCAUGUUCACUUUAUAAAGAGUACCUACUACAAGCCAAACUCCUAGUCAAGAAUUUAUAUCCAUUUUGAAUAUUUUUACUGUUUAUUUACAUUCAAUAAUAAUUAUUUGAAGAAGACGACAGGUUAUUUGUAGAUACAAAGAACGUUUUCUAAUGGCUUUUUGUAAAUAGCGAGCUCUUAAACCAGUUUUUUUUGUGAUUUUGUAAAGAUGACUAUGAAAAGUUCACACUUAAAAAUACAUUCUUGUGAUACUGUCA